CUAGUCUAUGGUUGUCCUUUUCCUUAUUAAUUCUCUUUCUUUCUUUCUUGGCUUGACCUUUUAUCGUGUACUCCCUUCGUAAUAAUGGAUAUGUUACUCCUUAUGGAAGGAAUUCCCCCUGUUGGAUCAUGUUAUCAUACUUUCCAACCACGUAUAUCGUAUUAUACCCCCCACUCUCCACUCUUUCACUUACAAUAUAUUAGUGCUUAACUUAUUCUACACUAACCUUAAUGUAUGUAAUUAUAUCUUGUUACUUUUUGGGUCUAUCCCUGCAUAUAACUCACCUCAUUAAAAAAAAUUUAACUUUUAAAAAAAAAAUUCAUAAGCUGUACAGACCUCAGACAAGUAUACCCACAUCACAUCAAUAAUUAUCAAUACGGGAUGAUAAAUUUCUCAGGUAAAUUAUGUCUUGCUCCCAUGGUUCGGAGUGGAGAACUACCGAUGAGAUUAGCUACUCUUCGAAAUGGGGCAGAUAUAGUAUGGACACCAGAAUUAGUGGAUAAGAAAUUAAUUCAAACUACUCGAAUCAUAAAUUCUCAACUUAAUACUAUUGAUUAUAUUUAUAAUGAUCCUCAAAAUGUCCGUCAUAAGCAAUCUGUCGUGUUCAGAACUCUCCCCAAUGAAGAACAAGGUAAAUUGAUCUUACAAUUAGGUAGUGCUGAUCCUGAAUUAGCCGUCAAAGCAAGUUUAAAAGUGAUUCAUGAUGUAGAUGGAAUUGAUUUAAAUUGUGGAUGUCCUAAGAAUUUCUCCAUUCAUUCCGGAAUGGGUGCUGCUUUAUUAUCUACUCCUGAUUUAUUAUGUUCAAUCUUACGAGAUUUAGUAGAGAAAGUAGGUAAACCAUUUCAAAAAUCCAUCAGUUGUAAAAUCCGUUUAUUAGAUGAUUAUGAAACCACAAGAUCUCUCAUUGAAAGAAUAUGUCAAACCGGGAUUAAUAAUUUAACCAUCCAUUGUCGUCAACGACAAAUGAGAAACCGUCAAGAUAUAAUCUGGAAUUACUUACCCAAACUCAUCCCUUACAUUCAAUCACAAGGAAUAUCAGUGAUCAUCAAUGGAGGUUUAUUAUCAUAUCAAGAUUUCAAACAUUUACAAACCACAUUACAAAAUGAUCGAAUCGGAGGAAUGAUUGCUGAAUCGGCCGAAACCAAUUAUUCCGUGUUUAAUAAACAUGGUCCUUCAUUCCAAUAUAAAAAUGUAUGUCAGUUUUUUAACAUUUGUAAAUUGAUGAAUCAAGAUGGAUUUCCUAAUACGAAAUAUAUGAUUUUAAAUCAAGUCCCAGGAAAAUCUCCUUAUUAUGCUAAGAUUGCUAAAUGUAAGACCUAUGAUGCUAUGGAGGAAUUAUUACAGGAGGAUGAAUUAAAGGAGGAUAAAUUUUUUUCGAAAAUUUUCAUAAGGGAUUUAACCAUGACUAAAUUUUAUAAAGAUAGUAAAGAAUUUGAUGAGUAUUUAAAGGAGAGGAAAUCAAGAUGGGAACCAUUGAUUAAGUCUUAUGAGGAUUCUGAAACUGUGAUUGAACCAGUGGUGAUUGAUCCGAGAAAUGGAGGUGGUGGUGGUGAUCAGAAAAAGAGUAAAAAGAGAAGAAAUGAUGAUGUCAAGGUUGAACUUAAUGGGAAAGAUAUGGGAUCAAUGUUUAAAAAGAGUAGGAUUAGUGAAAGUACCACAUCUGUCAAUGUAUGAACUGAUCCCAUCAACAAGAUUAGGAACAUAUAGAUUAAUAGACUUUAAAAAUUAUGUAUAUAUUAUAUUAAAAAAAAGGCGUAUGGAAAAAAUAAUACUAAUGAUUAAAUAGAAAGGAUUUAUGUACAGAUAAAUUAACGUAUAUAUCAAGAGAGAAGAAGAAAGAUCACAACAAUAAUCUAAUAUUGUAAGUAUCUUUU